UCGCGCUGCUCUUCCUAGCUAUUCUGGGUGUUUGUUAAGCCGCUUCCUCCGCAGCCUCUCGCCCGCUCUCAUCUCCGGGCGCUGGCAGUACUUUACGCCACUGCCUGCGGCCGCCUGCCCUCGGCGUCGGUUCGUUGCUCUCCUCGGUGCCGGGGUCUUCCCCUCCUUCCGUGAGUGGGCGUCCUGCCCCCUGGUUAGACUUCCAGGAAAACAGUGCUGUCAGUGUCUGUGCUAGAGAGGUGUUUGCAUGACUUAACCACCAUUGUGGUUGCAUUCCAGACCACUCUUAGGAAUAAAUCUGAAAAUUCUUGUUUUUAAUACCCGUUGAUAAACAGUAAAGCGGCAUGACGUUAGUGCUCUUGCGCCCGGCUUCCUAGCGACUAUUAAGUGGCAUGGAGGUAUACAGAGAAUAGCUUAUAAGUAUGCGCUGUGCUUGUCGCCACCGCAGCAAAUUAGCACAGCACUGAAAACAGCACAGAUUUAUUAUCUCACAAGUUUUGUCGAUUGGAAGCCUGAGUGAGUUUAGCGGAGACUGCACGAAAUCUCCCAAGGCUGAAUAGCCUUUGUAGGUCAGGGCUCUUUCGCAGGCAGUGAAGGGCGAGAAUCCUCCUAGCUCAGCUCUUGCUCCUUGUGGGCAGACUUGGUCGGUUACUGUCGAAAUAGGCAAGGAUCUCUUCUCCUGAGGGCCCAAGUGAUAAGACUGGGUCCAGCUGGACGACAUCCCUUUUUAAAGUCUGUUCUGCGGAUGAAAAUCACAGGAGCAGGGAUCAUAGUACCAUGGAAAAUCAAUUGGCUAAAUCACCCGAGGAACGAACAUUUCAGUACCAGGAUUCUCUUCCAGCACUGCCUGUUCCUUCCCUUGAAGAAUCAUUAAAAAAAUACCUUGACUCAGUAAAGCCAUUUGCAAAUGAAGAAGAAUAUAAGAAAACUGAAGAAAUAGUUAAAAAAUUUAAAAAUGGAAUUGGAGGAAAAUUGCACCAGAAAUUACUUGAAAGGGCAAAAGGAAAAAGAAAUUGGCUGGAAGAGUGGUGGCUAAAUGUGGCCUACCUGGAUGUUCGGGUGCCGUCACAGCUGAACGUCAACUUUGCAGGUCCUUCAGCCCAUUUUGAACACUACUGGCCUCCAAAGGAAGGUGUACAGUUAGAAAGAGGAAGUAUAAUACUUUGGCAUAACUUGAACUACUGGCAGCGGCUGAGACAGGAAAAAAUGCCAGUUCAUAAAGUUGGAAGUACCCCUCUAGAUAUGAAUCAAUUUCGAAUGCUGUUUUCUACCUGCAAGGUUCCAGGAGUUAAUAGAGAUUACAUUAUGAAUUACUUUAAGACUGAGAGCGAGGGGCAAUCCCCAAGCCACAUCGCGGUACUUUGCCGGGGCCGAGUGUUUGUCUUUGAGGCACUACAUGAAGGGUGUCUACUUACCCCACCGGAGCUACUCAGACACCUGUCAUACAUCCAUGAGAAGUGUCACCAAGAGCCCCCUGGCUUUGGAGUCGCUGCGCUGACCACUGAGGAGAGAACUCAGUGGGCCAAGGCACGAGCAUAUCUGAUUGGUCUUGAUCCAGAGAACUUGGCUUCAUUAGAAAGAAUUCAGAGCAGUUUAUUCGUGUACUCCUUGGAGGACAACAGUGCUCUUGUUACCCCGGAAGAUUACUCCCAGAUACUUACCAUGGUUCUUACUGGAGAUCCAACAGUACGCUGGGGAGACAAAUCCUAUAACUUGAUUUCCUUUUCUAAUGGAGUCUUUGGCUGUAACUGUGAUCAUGCACCUUUUGAUGCCAUGGUCAUGGUGAACAUCGCCCAUUACGUGGAUGAGAGGAUUAUAGAGACUGAAGGAAGAUGGAUGGGUUCAGAAAAAGUACGGGAUAUACCACUUCCAGAGGAGCUCCUGUUCACUGUGGAUGAGAAGAUAUUAAAUGACAUCAAGCAAGCUAAAGCCCAGUUUCUUCAAGAGCCAAAGAUGUCAACUCAAAUGGCGUCUGAUCUGCAAAUUGUAGCACCUGCCUUCACCUCUUUUGGCAAGAAGCUGACCAAGAAGCACUCACUGCACCCCGACACAUUCAUCCAGCUUGCACUGCAGCUGGCCUAUUACAGACUCCAUGGGCGCCCUGGCUGCUGCUAUGAGACAGCAAUGACGAGAUACUUCUAUCAUGGCCGCACAGAGACAGUGCGCUCAUGUACCAUGGAGGCCGUCAGGUGGUGCCAGGCCAUGCAAGACCCUUCUGCCAGUCUUUUUGAGCAGCAGCAAAAGAUGCUACAAGCUUUUGCAAAGCAUAAUAAAAUGAUGAAAGAAUGUUCUGCAGGGAAAGGGUUUGACCGUCACCUUUUAGGUCUUUCACUCAUAGCGAAGGAGGAAGGUCUCCCUGUCCCGGAGCUCUUCACAGACCCACUUUUCUCCAGAAGUGGAGGAGGUGGGAAUUUUGUCCUCUCAACAAGUCUGGUUGGCUACUUACGAAUCCAGGGAGUGGUGGUUCCCAUGGUGCACAAUGGAUACGGCUUUUUCUACCACAUCAGAGAUGACAGGGAACGAACCCACGACUGCCUGCUUCCAAGAUUCAUUGUGGCCUGCUCAGCCUGGAAGUCUUGUCUGGAGACUGAUGCAAAAAAACUCGUUGAGCAGAUUUUUGUUGCUUUCCAUGACAUGAUGCAGCUGAUGAACACUGCUCGUCUUUAGGGACUCGGCGCUCGGCAAAGGAUCAUGAAAGGAGGAACAGAAUGUCGACCUAGAGGAAACUUAAUAAAUGUAGAAAUCAGUAAAAUCACACUUGCUAAAUUUAUUCUGCCAUAGAAAGUAGAGUACUUUUAAACUUUCACUAAUGCAACAGUGAUGAGAAUUAGGUGAAUGUAUAACUAUGCAAUGUUUAAGCCUUAACGAUGCAAAUCUAUAAUAAUUCAAAUUUUACUGUAGUUUUUAAUAUUGUUUACAGUCAUAGAUGUUAUAAAUAUUGCUGUAGAGUUCAUCUUUGAGCAUGUUAACAUUUUCUAAUUGCUGAAGAGUACAAAAUACUUGACUAGAUGCUCAUUUCCCAAAUCCAUGCCCUCCAGGCUCACCACAAGGGUCUGAGACAAUGGAUUGUUUCUGGGGAAAAUACAUUGCAAUUUAUUGUUGAUCUAAAACAGUUUCUAUUGUGAACACAUGAAAUUAGGUUAUAGUACAGAGACUCACAAUCUUAACUGCAUUGUAAUUAGUUUUGUGAAUGUAAAAAAAUGUUAAAAAAAUUUAAUAAAAAAAAUUAAACAUGGUUAGUGACUUUUAGUAGUUAAAUGUUGAAUCAGUCUCAAGAUCUUACAGUUUGUUUUGCUAUUUACCAUUAAAUAUUGUGUCUGCUCUCAGAAUUUCAAUCAUGUAGUUUCUUAUUUUCUGUUUGAAUAAAUGACUUAUUCCUCUGC